GGGAGCACUGAAAAGCUCCACACCGCCAACGGCAAGCCGAGCACAGCCCAGUCAACAACUUGUUCCUCCGCGUACAUCUAAACAUGUAGCUAAGCAGACCAAAGCACACAUGACUCCAUUUGAACGUGCUGGGACUCCGCUCGACUACCUAAAAGAGGGCGAUCGUAGAAGACAGCUUUUGAAACCACGCAUCAAGAAAGAAACAGAACCAAAAAAACGUCGGGACAACGCUAAAAAUGCUACCUCCCACAGGACGGAUGAACGUACGACAAGCAACCGUGCUGCCCAAAUCGUAGGCAGCUGGGAGGACGCAGCAGCGGCAGGGGACAGUAAAACGUCGGCAGAAGGAAAGGCAUCAUCUAAAGCAAAGAAGAAAUCAGACAAAGAAUGCAUUAAAACCCGUAUUCUUGGUUCCAUUUUAACCAUUCCAUUGCCAAGUAAGGAGGAAACUGAAGAGAGGCUUCUUCGUCGUGUUAGGCAGAAACCCUACCAGACCACAACCCCAGUACCGUGCACAAGGCCAGACGACGAACAGUUACAAGGCAAGCCACAGGACCCAGACGAGAAAACAGAGGCUGACCAGUCACUAUACACCGUGGCUCAGGAAGUAAAACCACCAGAAAGUUGUGCUAAGCCAGAGGAAGCUAAGGAGCUACCAACGGCAGACACCAGGUACGAUGUUUUUGACAAAGAUCUGCCAUGGGAAGUGGAAUGUACUGAUAAGGUAAAGAAGAUUCUGAAGAAGAAGAGUUUUCCCUACGAUAUAAAGAAACGCGUCGUAGAGAAGGUAAACCGACUUGCAAAGGGAGAGUGGAUCAAUAACUUGACCAAGAAGGUUCGCGGGCCACCACAAGAAGAAGGAAUGCAGUUGUUUGAAGCAAAAAUAGACAAAGCUUCCAGGAUCCUGUGGGAGCUAGCUAUUGCCUUUUCCCCACGCCUCAGCGAUGAUCCAGCAAAAUGGUUGAAGGGGGUACAACAAGCAGAAGAGUGCACCACUCUGACCUCCGGGGGUCGAAUCUACACAGAGAUCAUCCGACUGUGGGAUAUUGUGCUUCAUCAUGAUGACCUUGACCGUGCUAUCCAGCAGGCAGUGAAGUCAUUUGUGCGGGGCAAAGGCAGCAUGCCCAUCGCAAAAAAGAAUCUCAUAGGACGUACAAACCUGCAAUUCAAAUCAGGUCCAACAGCAAAGGAUAGGCUCCCAAUGUUGUUUACUGAGAAAGAAGUCACCACCAGUCCUAAAGAGAUCCCAGAGGAACAGCAGUUCUUCCCUGUGGCCAGUUCGAACGACAAUGAGUACAACAUUCUCAAGUUCUAUUGCUUUUCAUCCUCCCUGGUCAACAAUAUCCUUCGAGACGACAGCCUGCCGGUGGAGUUUCCCUUCAAAGUGACCGACCUGGAACACGCCAUUGUCCAUCUGAACGCUCAGCCCCCCUCUUCGAUCCUAUUACUCGGGCGAAGCGGGACAGGGAAAACAACGUGUUGCCUAUUCCGUCUUUGGAACGCGUAUUUGUCCUACUGGACCAAGAGUGCUGCCCAUGGUUUUGAACCGUGGAUUCCCAAAAGUAAAGCGUACAUUCCACGGCGCAACAAAGGAAGCGAGGAAAAUGACAAUGAAGAAAAUGGGGAAGAAUCAGGUGUCAUUCCAGACGAAGAUAGUGGAUCUGAAGAGGAGACUUCUACAAAAGACAAAAAGAAUGUAAAUGUCCACGACGAGGACAGCCACAGUCUCCAAACGUAUCAUUCAAGACCCAAAGUGGACCUCUCCGUGGAGAAAGUCGAUGAUGGGGACGAAUCACUCCACUCGGAGAUGACCAAACGUGACUGGAAAGAACCUGAACCCGGAGAGAAUCUGGAAACUGGUGAGCAGGAGGUUGAGCACCUUCAUCAGAUCUUUGUGACGAAGAACGCCGUACUGUGCAGCGAGGUUGGAAAGAACUUUCGGGAGCUUUGUCAUGGAACUGAAGCAGCUCAAAAAUACCUUGAAGCUAACCAGGAUGAGGAGAUUCCAGUAAGACUUCAGGACGUUGAUCCAGCAGGCUUCCCACUCUUUCUCGAUUCCAGGCGAUGGUUGCUCAUGUUGGAUGCCUCUCUGGAAGGGCCCCACUUCUUCAAGAGAGAUGAUGGGGGCCGUAUGACCGAAGAGAUACCCGGAUGGAUGGAGAAUGAUGGCCCGGUGACAUUCAUCCCUACAUAUUCUGACCUGGAAGACGACUCUUCUGACGAUGAUGAGGAAUUCGAAGGUGGAAAGGAGCUUGGCAAAUUGAAAGAGGCAAUAGAUGCAGCUGAAGAUAGCGGGCGACUCCAACACGACCGGCGCACAAUGCGACAAGAAGUAACGUAUGAAGUGUUCUGCACUGAUUUGUGGAAACGGGUAAAUCGAGGAAGAGUGGACUACCACCCAACGUUAGUCUGGAUGGAAAUCAUGUCAAUCAUCAAAGGUUCUGUCGAAGCUGUUGAUACAACUGACGGAUUCCUAAGCCGAGAAGAGUACCUCAAAAUCGGCAAGAAGCGUGCUGAGUUUACCGGUAAUCGUGACAAGAUAUAUAACAUCUUCCUAGACUACCAGCACGAGAAACGACAGCGCCACAUGUUCGACGAAUUGGACUUUGUGCACAAUCUGUAUAAGCGACUUGCUAAUGCUGGGGACGUAGACUGGUCCAUACACCAGGUGUAUGUGGAUGAGACACAGGACUUCACCCAAGCUGAGCUUGCGCUGUUGAUCCGCUGCUGCCGUGACCCAAACGAAAUGUUCUUCACAGGAGACACGGCCCAGAGCAUCAUGAGAGGGGUGUCCUUUCGAUUCAAGGACCUCCGCACGUUGUUCCACAAGGCCAGAGAGUCACUGCAACAGAUGGGGAAGAGGACAGCAGUGCAGGUACCCGACAUGUAUCAUCUGACGCACAACUACCGGUCUCACUGCGGCAUACUCGACCUCGCAGCAGGUGUCAUCACACUACUGGAGCGGUUCUUCCCCUUCUCCUUCGACCACCUACCAAAGGACCGAGGCAUCAUGGAGGGACCCAAGCCCCUCUUGCUGCGGGGAUGCUCACAGAACGACUUAGUCACCCUUCUACAGGGAAACCGUAGAGUCACGUCUACCAUUGAGUUCGGAGCUCACCAGGUCGUCCUGGUGGCAAACAGCGAGGCUAAGAAGAAAAUGCCGGAAGUGUUCCACGGAUCGCUGGUACUCACUAUCUACGAAUCGAAGGGGCUGGAAUUCGACGACGUGUUGCUGUACAACAUCUUCAAGGAUUCACAGGCAAACGAAGAAUGGAGGGUUGUGCUGACCCGUAUGGACGAUGAAGUGGUCGUGGCUUCUAAGGUACAGUCACAGGUGAGAUCGGAAGGACUGCUGAAAAUUGAUGAUGACCAGAGCAGUGCUGUCGCACAAGCCAGGCCACUCGACUUCAAUCCGGAGAAGCACAAGGUGUUGAACUCUGAGCUGAAGAACUUGUACACUGCCAUCACUCGUGCGAGGGUGAACGUCUGGAUCUUCGACGAAGACCCAACUAAGCAUGCGCCAAUGUUCAAGUAUUUCCUUGCAGAGCAGUUUGUCGAAGAGCCACAACGGGAUGAGCAAGGUCAGCUCUCCUCCAACAUCUUUGUGAAGGAGUCCACGCCUGAAGAAUGGUGUCAACGUGGUGAGUACUUCUACAAAAAGGAGAGAUGGGAAAUCGCCUUAGACUUCUUCAAGAAAGGAGGAGAUCCGAAGAAGGAGAAAAUGGCCUUGGCACAGCAUCUCGCUCAUCAGGCCAGCCAAGACGCUGCCACGACAAGAGAGAAGCACAGGAUAAGACAGAGGUUCCUAGAGGCAGCGGACCUCUUCUUGCAAAGCGGAAACCAUGUGGACGACAGGGAGGCCCUGGUCAGAGCAGCCAGGUGCCUCACCAACUCAAGGGACUACCAACUGGCAGCCAAGCUAUUUGAACGACUUGGGGAGUUUUCAAGCGCUGCGUACCUAUACCAAAAAGAAAACAUGAAGGUGGACGCCAGUCGCUGCUUCGUGCAAGCCGGAAACUUCAAGAAGGCGGUAAAUUUCUUGAGAAGCGUUGAUGAGUUUGAAGCUGCCGCAGACGUGUCUGAGCAGUACGUCAAGUUGCAAAACAAGUGCAAACAGAAGGGUCUGGAUCCUACUGUUGUUGUUACAGCACCCAUUCACACACCAGAUAACCUUCUCCUGGCAGCCAUUGACCACUACCACAAGCACGUAGAAGAGGAGAAAAUGGUCUCUUGCCUCAACCGCCUACCCGUUGAUACCCGUCUAACCCUUCUCAAGAAGUAUGGUCGUGUGAUGGAGGCAGCAGCGCUUCUGAAAGAAGAAGAAAGGGGCCAGGAAGCGGCCGAGUUGCUGAAAUCAGUGGGAGAGUUUGAGGCUGCCGCCAAAGCAGCAGAUCCUCACCAGAAUCCGGAGUUUGUAGCUGACUGUCUCCUCUACCAAAGUCGGAAGCAGACGAAGAAUAGAACCGUUGGCAUUCAAGAGACCAAGGACAACCUGAUAAGGUGUAUGAAGCUAUAUACCAUAUGUGACAACACUGAGCGCAAAGCCGAAGCUAUGAUGAUGCUUGGAGACUUGACAGGCGACGAGUGCACGCUCAGAAGUGCAAUCCAGCUCUUCGGGACGAACAUACCAGGAGCUACAGAAGCGGCGACCCUGCUGAUACAGAAAAGGAGGACCUUAUCGUUGAAAGAAAUUCGAGUCAUCCUUGUGCGGCUGGAAAGCCUCUUUAGUCUUGUAAGGGCUCUCCUGCUCGCAGGGUGACAGUGCGCAGAGCAGGAAUGGCUAACGACUUGUGAUCUGUUCUACGGAGUGAAAUGCACAGACGUCAGCAAUACGACAUUUAAUGCCUCUGAAGAACCGCGAAUUUUAGAUAUCAUUGACAUAGGGUCGUCAGGGAGAAGCGAGUCCACAAAGAAGAUGAGCAUUCAUGAAGCAAGGGCAUACAUGGCCAGUGACCUCCUCCGAAACGCAGAACAGUUCAAGGAGAAACUCCGACUGAUGUUACAGACAAUUGCAACAAGCAAUAGAGUAUGUUCUUUCUACACUGCUGGUUUGCGUUGCCCGAAAGGAGAUGAUUGUGCCUACCAACACCGACCAUAUGACAAGGGCACUCUAAUGUCUUUUCUGGAAGCAACAGUCCUUCUCAUAAAGGUUCAUGGAGUCUUCGACCGGGGAUAUGAGGCAAUCAAAACCAGUCCUUGGGAAACGGUACAACAGGCUGUUGCUGUCCACAGUGAUCGUGGUGCAGAGAGAAGCAGGUUAUGCGAUGACCUGUACUACAUCCUCUUUCCAACACACGGCCAUCAAAGGCUUCUCACUGAAAAGUCCCCACUAGUCAAAGAGGUUUUCAGCAAGUUCCAGGGUGAUGCAAUCGUCACCUUGUGUAUUCGUGACUAUGCCCAGUCUCUGUGGGAUUCCGCCAGUCCCAGCGACCAAAGAUCAAACACGGACCUGUUGAUCAAGAUUGCCAACCUGUUUCUACUAGCCAAAGAACCGCCAAAUAACUUUUCGAGUCUUCUCGUGUCUACUGAGAAGGGGUUCGAAGAGAAGGCCAUGAAAAGACUUCACCCUGAGAGGAUCCCGCGGCACAUUGGUAUGAUCUGCGAUAAGGUAGGUCGAAAUCCUCCUUUGUUCUUCAGUUUCAUGAGAAGACUAGAGGAAUUCGUCGAAAACAUCUACGAAAGAGGAGACAUUCUGUCUUCAUUAGGCAAAAUGAAGGCCUUCAUGGGUUUCUUGGCGAAGAGGGCACUGGAGCCACUGAUUCCAUCCUUUGCAAACACUUGCUUCUUCUUGGAGCUACUUCUUGUAAUCUGUUACUCCAUGUAUGCCAAGAUGAAUCAACACAUGAUGCUCUGUCUCCCUGCGAGUUACAUCUCUAUGGUCCAUUUGUGUGAUCGCCUGUGGAGCAGGGAUAAAGGCUUUAUCUAUUCGGCCAUCCAACGACUCCCUUUCAAGAAGGACGUGAUCCUCAGGAAGGUUGAAGAGUGCAUUUGGUUCAUCAUAAACAUCAUUUGCCAAGGCGAGAAAUAUCCGCAGUUUAACGUCAUCGAUGAUGUCUUCCGUCCAAACGUCCCUGACUAUGCCGACAGCGGGGAGAUGGAAAGAGUCUUCAUCUUGGCAUUAGUGCUGAUUUGCGGUUGUGGUGGGCCUGUGCCAAGGGAUGCAGAGUUGCCUUUGCGGAAAGUUCUGUACAAGAUCAGCAUCAAGAAGCACUUUCCGCAAAGACUUGCGGAUGCCGUCAGAAAAACAAGAGCAGCCAAUGGAAUACGCGAUGUUGCGUUCGUUCUGAAAGACCUGCUGAAGGCCAGGGACCAGGAACACCUACGGCACUGCUUCUGGAGAUACCCUGACAGAGGGACGAGAGGUAUCUACAAAGGACUUAACUUUGAGGAAGUGAAACCUGAAAUGUUUAUCGGAUGCUUUUGGCAAAAGGUACCGUUAGAAUCCCGGAUCCACGACGAUGAUGAUGCUGUAACUGAAGUCCACGACAGCUCAGGAAGUGCCCGCGCACACACCGACGUGUGCGAGACGUCUAACGUUGACGUCCUCGUGCCCGCGCCACAGGGCAGCGCAGGAAUUGACAUUGCAGAGAUGGAAGACGCUUCACAGGAUGAUGAAGAAGGGGAGGAGUAUUAUGGCCAAAAAGAGGAUGACGUCAUCAUUGAAAGUGAAGAGGAAGAGGAAGAAGAGUUGGUUGGUGGUGGCGAUAUGUAUGAGAGGAUUCGGCAACAACAAGCUGAUGAAGAACGAAAGCAGAAGGCAGCGAGCAAAAUCCAGAAGUUUUGGCGCUCACACCGCAAAGUCUGGCCUAAGAAGGAUGCGACAGAAUUAUCACACAGGAUUGCAAACGUCGAACGGCAAAUGUCAGCGCAGCGUGACGAUCUGCGUGAAUUCAAACUUGACGACACGGGGUGUCGAAUCUGCGGCGUCACCUUCGAAUCUCGUCCGCAUAUCCGAGAUGAGGUGCAAGACCGGGAAGAAGAUCAGGAAAGGGAAGAAUGGGACGAAGGUGCUGGAGAUACUAAAGCAGAAGAAGAAGUGAAGAAGCGAGAUGUCAUUACUCGCGAGAAGCAUUUGCAGGAUUACAAACAUUCAGAGAAUCUUAGCGAGUUUGGUCUCUUCAAGCAAUUCUACACCACGGGUGUGGUUAGAGUCCAGGACCUGCUUGACAAGUUCAUACCGGAAGCAGAAACCGACAAAGAAGGAGCCGUCACGUUGGAAAUCCAGAGGGUAAAGACAGCAAACGACUUACUUUGGAAGCUGCUAGAGAAGAUAAAAGAUGAAUGUGCUUGGAGCAAGAGACACGAUGCCUCCAAAGCACUUCGCGAAGUAGAAGAGGCUCUGGAUGCCUUUAGCGGAGCAAAGCGUCGCAUAGAGAAACAGGUCGCUGAAGAGGGUGCGUUAGCAACAAUGGUGGAUGAAGAAGGGAAAGAGUUCGGCAACCUCGACGACGAGGACUCCAUCAUUGCCAUUGGUGGGAACAAGAACAUAUCAGGGAAGCAUCAACGCAAAAAGAAGAGUGGCCAUAGAAGGAAGAAGAAAAGCUGUCUCCAAGCAGAGGUGGUGGGGGAAGUUCUAAACACAAAAGGUCCGCUACAGUGACAACGAAACCCCCCACAAAGCCCAUUAACGAACUUAACAUUGGUCCCAACAAUAGUAAUAGUAAUCUGUCUACCAAAAAUUAUAAGCAACAUUUUACAAAUACUUGAGUUAUUUUGCUAACAACCCACAAACACAAAAGGUGCAUUAACAUGACGCACG